AUGCAUUCGACUGACCAAGCACAUACAAUCACCAUGGCCGCGUUGCCACCGACCCCGUCCGAGCUCGAGCUCACAGUCCGCUCACUUGCCGCUCAGCACCGCACUAUCGAAACCCUCGCGCCUGUGCUGCAGCCCGUGCUGGACCAGGCCCUCUCAGCCUCGACCGCCGCGGUGUCAAAAUCUGCAUCCUUUACUACGGACCGCUCCCAGAUCCGCAAGAGCGCCGUCGAGCAUGCCCUUUCUUCAAAGAUGACAAAGGCCGAGAUCACGAUGUACAACAAGUGGCAGAGCGGACUGGUCAAGAUCCCUGUGGCGAAGAACCAGAGCACCGGUAAAGCCACAGAGGGCAACGUGCCGUGGCUGUUUCUGAAGCACACAUCUCUUGUACCGCUGGUCAAUGCGAUGGUCAAAAUACAUGAUAUCGAGGAGGAGAUGCUUGCGACUCGGCUGGAGAGGAUCAGGAAAAUCGUGGACGCGGCCGCGAAGGAGAGCGAGAGGGUUAAGCGGAAACUCGUGAAGGAUCUCACCAGCAGCCUGACUAAGCUCGAGGAGAAGGACAGAAGAUUCACACCAUUUUCUCGUCAGAAGAAAGGCCAGGACGAUGCAAAAGAGAAAGAGGCUAAGGCAACUGCCAAGGCAGAAAGGCGACUAGAAAAGAAGCUGCGCCACGAGCAAGAGAAGCGGCAGAGAAAGCUUCUGCUCAGCAACAGUCUGACAUCGCCAAAGUCACUGACGAACAGACCAAGCAAGUCCCUAGAGAGGGAAAUAAGAUCAGCAUCGCGCCUGCCGGUCGCGAGUCUGUACAGGGUGGCAGCACCAGUCCAGGAGCAGGAUGCCACCCUUGGCGAUAAGCAGAGGGCUGGUGGAGGAGGCAUGAAGCGAGCCAGAUCACCGAGCAUGGAAGCUGGCAGCGUUGCAUGGCACGCCAACAAGCGGGCCAAGCUGACGGAUGCGUGGUUGCAAUGCAACGAGAACGGCCAGGACAUUGAGUGA